AUGAGUACUCCGAAUCCUCCAGCGCCCACAAAUGUACUAAAAACAGCCACUCAAACUGUGGAUGUCCGUGACAAUAUUAAAAAGAUAGUUCUGAGUGAUUUGGUUGGCCUCGACGUUGAAAUUCAAUCACCUAUUCCGACACGAGUCUCAACAACACUGUCACAGUCGAUCAACUUAACUCAGCAACUCACGAAUGACAAUACGAUCCCCGACUCAGUGAAGAGUUUUGUAACGACUCCUUUUUAUUUAGAAUUGACGAUCUUUGUGGGGUUGCUGAUAUCGAUUGACACAUUCACAUCAUUCUUGUUAUUCACGCCGACGAGAAUAGUGUGUUAUAUAUGGAGAGUGUUAUUUACUAAGGGGGAGAUAGUUCAUUAUAAGCGUGUGUAUGACUGUAUUAUGUAUACUGUGACAUUGAUGUGUGUGGGGAUAGUGAGUCUGAUAGACAUAGGAAAGGUGUAUCACUACAUACGAGCGGAGUCAGUGUUAAAGUUAUAUGCCCUUUAUAAUGCACUGGAAAUGUUUAAUCGACUCUUGUCGGCAUUCACGCUCGAUGUACACAACUCGCUGUUACUCUCUGUGCAACAAAAGAAGGUCUGUGACGUUUUCAUCUUCUCUUUGAUGACAUUUGGACUGACUCUGACACAUACACUGACGUUAUUCUUUCAUAUCAUGGCGCUCAAUGUGUCUAUUAACUCAUCUGGAUAUGCUCUCUUAACAUUAUUAGUAUCGAACAAUAUUGUUGAGAUCAAAUCUCCGGUGUGGAAGAGGAUGUUUCCUGAAAAUGUCUUUCAAAUUGUGUGUGCCGAUAUCGUCGAAAUCUUUGAAAUCUUCACGUUCAUCAUUUUAUUGUGUUUGACGAACUUCGGGAGCUACGACUGGGACUUAGUGAGUAACCCACAACUGGUGAUGGCAAUGGUCUAUUCUUUGUUAUCAAUUUUGGUCGCAGAAGUCAUCGUCGACUGCAUUAAACAUAUGUUCAUAUGCAAAUUCAAUAAAGUGCCUGUGAGUGUCUACGAGAAGUCGCGGUUUGUGUUACUGAACGACUUGAUAUCGACAAGUGAAGCACCAUUCAAAAUACCAUCACUGGAUAGUUCAACGGUCUCGUAUCGAAGACUCGGAAUACCUGUGGUGCCACUCACCGUUUUGUUUAUAUCAUUUUCUUUAAAGACGAUACCGAGUGAGACAUGGAGUUGGUCAUUUUUGACUCUAAUUGGAGGUGGGGCGUAUGUCUUCAAAUUUGUUUUGUGUUCGGCUUUAAGGCAAUUGGCGUAUGUCACUGUUGCUCAAACGUACUACGAAUCAGACGGGUUAGUUACUCAAAUGAAGAAAAUAGGAAGAUAUUUAAUGGAAAAGGGACGUAUACCACCUUAG